AUGGAGACCUUCAUUUUGCAAUUCAUAGUUUUUUUUCUCCUGGGAGGCAUUCAAAUUGGCCAAGCUGAGCUUCAACGUCAUACAUUCAUUGUGAAAGAAGCUCUGUACACAAGGCUGUGUAGUAGCAAGAAUAUAUUGACUGUGAAUGGAACAUUUCCUGGACCAACUCUAUAUGCAAAUAGAGGGGACACAAUAAUAAUCGAUGUAAUUAAUCAAGGAAGUGAAAAUAUUACCCUACAUUGGCACGGUGUGAAACAACCAAGAAAUCCAUGGUCGGAUGGUCCGGAGUACAUAACUCAAUGUCCUAUUCAACCUGGCACAAAUUUUAGCCAAACAAUCAAAUUAUCAGACGAGGAAGGAACAUUGUGGUGGCACGCCCAUAGUGGUUGGUCUCGAGCCACGGUGCACGGUGUUAUUAUUAUCUAUCCCACUAAUGGAAUUAAAUACCCUUUUCCUAAGCCUCAAGCUGAAGUGCCCAUCAUUUUUGCACAAUGGUGGAAGAGCGAUAUACAAGCAGUAUAUAAAGAGUUGAUAGCAAGUGGGGGACAAGAAAUUAUCUCAGACGCAUUUUUUAUUAAUGGCCAACCUGGAGAUUUAUACCCAUGUUCAAAAAAUGAUACGUUUACGUUAACGGUGGAUAGUGGAAAGACAUAUUUGCUUCGAAUGGUGAACAGCGCGAUGAACUUCAUCCUCUUCUUCUCCGUCGCAAACCACCAACUCACGGUGGUCGGAACGGACGGCAGCUACGUAAAACCGUUCAAGAGUGACUAUAUCGCCAUAUCUCCCGGUCAAACCAUUGACCUUUUGCUCAAAGCCGACCAAACGCCGAACCGUUAUUACAUGGCUGCAAAGGCAUACAACUCGGUCCCUCUGCUCCACUACGACAACUCCACCGCCACCGCCAUCCUCCAAUAUUCAAAAUAUUCCCCGGCGGAUCCUUCACCGCCGUUACCCAAUCUUCCGAAUUCUAACGACACGAACGCAUCCGUUAGUUUUACCAGGAACCUCCGGAGUUUAGCCGACGAGAAUCAUCCGAUUAAUGUCCCCCUGAACGUGACAACUAACCUAUUUUUCGCGGUUUCCGUCAACACGCUGCCGUGCGAAAACGGUAAGGCAUGCGCCGGAAUUAAUGGCAGCCGGCUCGCCGCUAGUAUGAAUAACAACAGCUUUGUUCUCCCGCCUAUCGACAUACUUCAGGCUUAUUACAAGAUGAUCGGCGGUGUUUACGGCGAUGAAUUCCCCCAUUUUCCACCCUUUCCAUUCAACUAUACCGCCGGCGAUCUUCCGGCUAAGCUGCUGCAGGCGAACCGGGCGACGGAAGUGGUAGUACUUGAAUAUGGACGGACGGUGGAGAUUGUUCUCCAAGGGACUUCUUUGUUGUCGGGCAUUGAUCACCCAUUUCACUUGCACGGAUACAGUUUCUACGUUGUCGGGUCGGGUUUCGGGAAUUUUGAUAAAGACAAAGAUCCUUCCAACUAUAAUCUUGUCGAUCCUCCUCUAGUUAACACUAUUGCUGUUGCUAAAAGCUCGUGGACUGCCAUAAGAUUCAAGGCCGAAAAUCCAGGAGUAUGGUUUAUGCAUUGUCACUUCCAGCGACAUACAAGUUGGGGAAUGGAUAUGGCAUUUAUAGUCAAAGACGGCAACGAAAGAAAGCAGAAGAUGCUGCCUCCACCACCAUAUAUGCCUAAAUGCUAGUUCAUACUUUUGGAUGAUGAUUGAUAAUUAUGCUCAAGAUAUCAAAUUGCUAUAAUGUGACAAUAAAGAAUUGUUUGUGUUGGCUUAGGCUAUAGGCUCUUAGACUGUCUUAGUUGAGUGGCUUAUUGGUUCAUCAACUUUUAUUGGUGACUUGUUUUCUAUUCAUUAAUGAUAGUUUCAUUUUGUUGAUUCAA